UUUGAUUCCUAUAAAGUCAAAAAUCUGUUAUCACUUAUGGCAAUUAGGGACAAAAUGCAACCAUAAUGAGCAAAAUUAUACUUCAACUUUGAUGAAGAGCCCUCUUUAAAAGUUUUAGUUAAUUUGAAAGAACUUGGUGAUAAUUUACUGAGCUUUUUUACAUACCAGAAUUAGUGCUCUUAGAACUGAAAGCAUUUCAAAACAGAGCUAUAUAUUUAAAUAUUAUAUUGUGUUUCAACCAAAUGUUCCAAGUCUUUUUCAAUUAGAAGCGGUAUAAACUACCUUAUUACUCCAAAAUAAUGCAGUACACAAAAUAUUGUGGAACAAUUUUAUGUGCUAACAAAUUAACGUGAAUAGCAAGAUUGGAUUUUAAAAUUUGUGGUAUUUAAUGGGAAUCAAUGAAAUUCAAAUCUUCAAAUGGUAUUUAAUUAAAGCGAAUUUUCAAUGUCAGCAUAAUGUUUUUUGCUGAAAUAUAUUCUAAUUCAGUGCUGGAAAAAAGUAACAAAAAACUUCAAGUCAAGAUGGAUUGGAGAUUAUUAGUAAUGUGGGAGGAUACUGAAAAAUUAUCAGUUUUAGUGGCUAAAGUGAAAUAGGUCAAGACUCAUCUGACCAGCGAGUACAUUGAUGAUUAAAAAAUUAUAAGCAUUGAGCAAGAUAGAGAUGACGAAGAAAAUGCGGAAUUUCAUUUGAACAGUUAAUAAUGAGGACAUUCGAAUGUUAAGAUGUAGUUUUGGUUUCCCUUGUACCUUGCUUAAAACUAGAAAAAGGUGUUUUAUUUUCAAUAGAACUUGUGAAAAGAACACUUUCCAAUCCUCUUGUUUUGAAUGCUUCCUAUCAUCCUCGUUUUUUAGAUAUAGUAAUAUAUUUCAGUUAUAAAUAUAAAUUGGUCUAUUUUCAGUAGUUUUAAAAAAUAAUUAGAGUGUGAUGAAAUGAAUGGAUUCUUAUUUAGCCUUAGACAUUCAAUAAUGGACGCGAAAUUUACUGGGACCUUAAAUUAAAAGGGUUUUAAUUAACAUGGUAAUUGUCCAUUCAUACUAAUUACGGUACCACAUUAUUUUCGAGUAAUAAGGUAUCUUUAAAUUUGUUUGGUUAACCUGGCUUUAAUAUUAACUGUUAGCUUAAUUUGGUAUGAAAGGAAUGAUUUAGUUCAGAAAUAUAUUGCGAAAAGAAUUGUUUCUGUUAGAAAAACUGGGGAUUUCUACAUUCUGUAUUUACAUUGGUUAUCAAUAAUUCUGACAUUGAAAUGCAAGUUUAGUCAUUCCCAAUUAUAGUUACACCAUUUACACCAUAUGACAACUAAACAGUUGCCUGAUGGUUAUGUUAAGCAUGAAACUCAGAGUAGCAACUUCAACCAUCCUGUUCUAUACAUACAAUGCCCUAUGACAAAACCUGUUUUAGUUGUCCGGCGGGUAAUUGUGGCAGAAAUGGAAUUUGGGAUGUCAAACUCAGUCUCAGAAAGGGGCCAGAAAAUAAAGAUGGUCUUAUUGACAGACCAAAAUAACAUUGAUAAUCCUGGAGUUUAGUGACAUUAAUAAGCCUGGAUGACAGCUAACAAGGCAAAAUUGUUUUUAUGAAAUAGGUUCUGCAGGUAAAAGAUACUUCAAAGACUUUAGAACAAACACUGCCAUGACCUACAGAAUCAUAGCAGCCAGAUGUGGUCUGGGGUGCUUUAAUCUACAACUUUAAAAUGGAAGGCUAGAAAAAACUAGUCAAAUAUAUUUGAAUAUUUGGAUUAAAGUUUAAAUGACUCUGAGCAGCUAUGACAUGUUGAGCUGAGUGGCUAUAACCAAAUUUGGCUGUGUGUGUUUGUCAUUAGUAAAAAAUCAUUCCAGCUCUUUCGAGUUAUGUUGUUUUUGCAUCAUCUUAUGUUGCUUGAAAGAAGAUGUUUUUUUAUCUGCUGGCAACAACCUUAAAUAUACAGUGAAUGCUGUCUGUUAAAUAUUAAUUUCCUUUAAAUGCUCUUUUGGAAAGCUGACAAGUUGUAGUUCCAACCUCUAUAAUUUUUAAACUCUUUUUUUCGUUUGAAAAGGAUAUCUUGCCUGGGUAUGACCAAUGAUACAAUUUUGAGGCUGUAAGGAACCAGUCAUGGAUCGAGGAAGAGAGCGAAUAAAUUCUCACCAGGCCCCAGGAAUCAGUGAUUUUGAGUUGCUGAAGCCAAUCAGUAAAGGUGCCUUUGGGCAUGUUUAUCUUGUGCGAAGAAAAGGAACUGAUAAAAUUUUUGCCAUGAAGGCCAUGAAAAAGACUGAUGUCCUGAAUAAGAAUAUGGUAGAACAAGUUGUUGCUGAGAGAAAUGCGUUGGCUGUGACAAAAAGCCCCUUUGUUGUUCAGCUUUUCUACUCUUUUCAGUCAAAGAAUAAUUUGUUUCUUGUGAUGGAAUAUUUGAUUGGCGGUGACUGCAAGUCGCUGUUACACAAUCUAGGGUAUUUUGAUGAGGAGAUGGCCAGGCUUUACAUUGCUGAGGUAACGCUUGCGUUGGAAUACCUCCACAAACAUGACAUUGUUCACAGGGAUAUCAAGCCAGACAACAUGUUGAUAUCAGACGAAGGUCAUGUCAAGUUAACUGAUUUUGGUCUAUCAAGAUUAACUCGCAACAGAAAGCCUAAUUUUCACGAUCUGCUGGAAACACCCAGUGCAGGGAAAUUUGCUACCCCCUCGCAGAGACACAAAUUUUGGAGAACCCCAGGGCAGAUUGUCUCACUCACAAGUGACUUCACGUUUUCAAUACCAAAGCCAAAAAGAAACCCCGUGCUUGGUGAGAGCAGACUUGUAAACAAGACACCGGAUAUCUCAAGCCUAUCAAAUCAAAGCUCUCAGUCGGCAUACAAAUUCAACGCUCCCGUUAAUCGCUCGCUGCGCUGUAGCUCCGCGGCGCGGUUUAAAAGACCGCGGAACACCAGUCUGAGCACACCGAAAACUUGUAAAGUCACGAGGAAGAAUGAAAGUGGUGCGUUUAUUACUGAUUUCGAUGAAGCAGCGCCAGUAAAGCACAUUAAGUUUGCGUCACCCACAGAAAGUAAGGAAAAUGAGAACGACUCGGAUGACGCAAUCAGUCCGAUUCCUGUUAUACGGUGCACUGGCCUAACAUCAGAGUUCGACAACUUACUUGUAAAGGAUGAUCUGAGGUCAUGUAUGAAGCGAAACCAGUGUGAAGCUCAAGACCAAAUCGGACCUAACAAAAAACGCGUACGGCUGUCGUCUCCUAUCAAUACAACUUCUCAUUCGUCAACUGAUGACGAAAUAACGUUCCAUCCGAGAGCUUUUUUCAAUUCGGAUUCAAUUCUUAUGAAAGCUGGAAAAAAUAUAUCCGGAUCUACUACAAAUCCGGAGGAGUUGGAAAAUCCGGGAGAGCCGGUUGAGAGCCCAUUCAGCUCACCAAAUGGUCACAGUUCUGGUUAUGGCACGUGUAAUAUCAGUGGAGUGACCACACUUACCGAGACGACUCGAAUGAGCAUUCAGCAUUGUGAUGUUGAUACUGAGUCGGAUUCUUCGUUUCAAAAUGACCUAAAUGGUUCAUUUUUGUCUCCUGUUGGAUCUAGCAAAUUUGGUCCUAAUACGGUAAAUGUGGCAAUUUCUUCUCCAAAUGAUUCAGCUCGACUGACUGCCUUAGACAAUUCGAUACCACUCUCUCCAAUGGAGAUUGGAGACUCUGUUGCUUUAUGUAACAAGUUUUCGUCACCAGUUUCCAGCCGAUUCCCGCUGGCGAUGGGGUUUAGCACAAGCCUCCCUGGUGGAAGCUGUACUCCUUUCUUAGACAAAGAUCGUCUAGCAAAUGGUGAUACAAACAAAUUGAGGGUGCCGGCUCGCGGAUCAGGCCAACAGAAACUACAAUGUUCUUUCGAAGCCGAUGAUGGCAUUGAGCUGUCUUUGUCAACAAACAAGGAAGGCGACAGCCUCUCAUUUGAAAUAAAUACACCCUCGGUUUCAGUUUCUGACAACGGUGAAGAGGCUGAAAGGGCUCUGGAUCAUGUUAUGCAAACUCCGGUUGCUGGUUCUCAGUGCCGCUCUCGUAUGGAUUCAAGUGCAAUUGUCAUGCCAAGUGUUUUUAAAACACCAGCUAAUGUUUGCAUGUCUAAGGGGGACAACCAGAAGCGGACACCUUAUAGGACACCUAAAAGCUGUCGCCGUGGGGGUGACGUCAAACCAUCCGGCUGCAUCAUUGGUACGCCAGAUUAUUUGGCUCCUGAGAUUUUGCUGGAUCAAGAGCAUGGCCCAUCCGUUGAUUGGUGGUCUCUUGGUGUCUGUCUUUACGAAUUCCUCACCGGUGUGCCCCCGUUUAAUGAUGAAACUCCAGAGCUUGUCUUUCAGCACAUCCUAAACAGAGAUUUGAUGUGGCCUGAAGGGGAAGAAUCAUUGUCGGACAAAGCUGUAGAUGCAAUUGAAAAGAUCUUGGUUUUUAAGGUCAAAGAAAGGUUCACUGCAAAAGAAAUUAAGACACAUCCAUUUUUUAGUGAAAUUGACUGGGAGAAUCUUCACAAACUGACUCCACCGUUCGUACCUUCCCCGGAUGAUGCCUAUGAUACGGCAUAUUUUGAAGCUCGAAACAAUGUCCAAAAUCUUCAAAUUUCUGCUUUCCGACUUUGACUUUUCGCACAAAGAAUCAAAAUUACAAGACUGUCAGAAAUAAUUUUAUCAAUAAUUUUGUAAAUUGAAAAAUAAUGACCUCCAGCAUAAUCUCGUGUAAAUAUUAGAGAGUGCAUCAGGUCAGGUCCCGUUUGAUGUCAUUUUGUUAAUUGAAUUAAGGUCAUUUUUAUUAUGGUUAUCAGUGUUUUGGAAUCUGGAGUGUUCUCAGAAAUCGAUAAUCGUUAAGUUAUUCCCUCUUAUUUAUUAAAAUCUUUCACUUUGUAGACUUAUUAUUUGCCCAAAUGACCCCAACCGUGCGUUAGUAGGUUACGGGCUGAUUUUUUACCCUUAGUUUUGAAAUUGUAUUGAGUGAUGUUCACUUUUUAUGGUGAACUAUUUUACUAAUGAAUACGUUUCGUUUUGAUACAUUGUUUGCGCUGGAUCCUCUUAUUACAUACAGAUGAAACAGACUUCAAUAGCUCCUUAUAACUCCAUGAAUCAGAUAUUCCUUAUAACAUAAAAGCAAUCGACAGAUACUAAAGUUUCAUAAGCCCAUCGGUCGUUCAUCUAUUGGCCCAUCAAUAAACACGUGAGGGGCAGUACGCUUUUUGAUUGGCCAAUUGUUGAUUGACAGAUGACGUACGCCAUUUUAGUGUCUGGCAACUCCCUCUUAUCAGAAGUAUUCAUACAUCAAUCUUGCAUACCGUUUAAGUAUUACAUGCAAGCGCUUGAUUCGUAUUCUUAACUUUGUUACGCUUUCCCUAACUUUAUUAUGUAUUCUGCCAAUAUUUUUGUAACCGGCGGGCUGCCAAGAUAUCAGACACAGUUGAUCGGCUACUGCACAAAGAUCUUGUUGAUAAGCUCUUUUUAACAUUAAAAAUUUGGGAAAUAUAAUUGUGUAUGGUAUUUGAAGAAUAAUACUAUUUCUUGCUGUUUUCUUUUGAGAUAUGAAUUUAAGUUUUAAUAUUUGGAAAAUUCCGGUGUUUUCAUACGAAGAAUGUG